AUGCAUACGGAAGGAGCAUUCAACUAUUAUCUGCCAGGAGACUACCUUAUCAGUGGGCUUGUUUCCUCACAAUAUUUUGAGUAUCGACAACCCUAUGACUUCUAUGUGUCCCCCCUCAACCGGGUUGAGAGUUUCCUAGGUGUGAAGUACUGGCAAAUGUUGUCCUUCCUGCUUUCCAUCCAUGAGAUGAACCAGAACCCCAGGCUCUUACCUAACAUCAGCUUGGGCUACGACAUGUAUGAGAGCCAUUUUGAUGGGGGAACGACAUCCUAUGCCAUGCUUGGCCUGCCUGCUGCUGGGAAAAGCCACCUUCCCAACUUUGAUUGCGGGAAGAAGAAGAACUUGCUCGCCAUUCUUGAAGGAACUGAUCUGGACAUCUCCACUCUCAUUUCUGCCAUGUCAGGCAUCUACAAGAUUCCUCAGGUGCCGCCUCCUUCCAGGUGUGUGGCGACCUGUCGGCCUGGUUAUGGCAAGGAAGUUCAGGAAGGGAAGCUUCCCUGCUGCUAUGCAUGCACUCCAUGUGCGGAAGGGACAGUCUCCACUCAGGAAGAUGCAGAACAUUGCACCAGGUGCCCAGAAGAUCAGCACCCAAACAAAGACCAAGAUCGAUGCAUCCCCAAGGAGACAACCUUCCUCUCCUAUGAAGAACCUCUGGGUAUCCUUCUGUCUUUUUUUGCUCUCAUCUCUUCUCUGACCACUGGGUUUGUAUUAGGAAUCUUCAUCAAAUUCCUAGAGACUCCACUAGUCAAGGCAAACAACCGGGACCUCUCCUAUGCCCUCCUGGUUUCCCUCCUACUUUCCUUUUUGUCCUCCUUCCUGUUCAUUGGGCAGCCAAGCGAAGCGACUUGCCUGCUCCAUCAAACCUCCUUCAGCAUCAUCUUCUCAGUUGCCCUAUCUUCUGUGCUGGCCAAGACAAUCACUGUGAUGCUGGCCUUCCUGGCCACCAAGCCAGGCAGCAGAGUGAAGAGAUGGCUGGGGAAGAGUUUUGCAUGCUCCAUUGUAAUUACCUGUUCUAGUUUGCAGGUUGUCAUCUGCACUAUCUGGCUGGGCAUGGCUCCUCCUUUCCCUGACUCUGACAUGCAAUCCUUGCCUGAAGAGAUAAUUCUGCAAUGCAAUGAAGGUUCUGUGGCCAUGUUUUGCACAGCCCUCGGAUACAUGGGCUUCCUGGCUGCCAUCUGUUUUACGGUGGCUUUCCUGGCCAGGAAUCUUCCUGGUGCCUUCAAUGAAGCCAAGCUGAUCACCUUCAGUAUGCUGGUUUUCUGCAGUGUCUGGGUGUCCUUUGUGCCCUCCUAUGUGAGUACCAAGGGGAAGUACACAGUGGCUGUGCAGGUCUUCUCCAUGCUGGCCUCCAGUGCUGGGUUACUGGGUUGCAUCUUCCUUCCCAAGUGCUACAUCAUUGUCCUGAGGCCUGAUCUCAAUACAAAGCAGCAUCUCACAGUCGACACUAAAGAUGCCAUCUGA